AUGGAGCGCCCCGGCAGGGCCGCCGCUCCCUCCGCCCCGUCCACCGGGGAACCGGCGCCCGAGGAGCCAGAUGGGCGGGGGCAGGAGCCGCUGCGGCGCGGGGCGAACAGCACGUCGGUCUCCGCGGCCGGGACCUCGGCGGAGGGAGCGAGGCGGGACCGAUACAGCAGCGCCGCCGCGGCUUCCCGCCAGCGCCUGGAGAGCCUGAGGAAGAAGCGGCCGCUUUUUCCAUGGUUUGGCUUGGAUAUUGGUGGAACCCUAGUCAAGCUGGUUUAUUUUGAACCCAAAGAUAUCACUGCUGAAGAAGAAGAGGAAGAAGUGGAAAGUCUCAAAAGCAUUCGGAAGUACCUGACCUCCAAUGUGGCUUAUGGGUCCACGGGUAUUCGGGACGUGCACCUGGAGCUGAAGGACCUGACUCUGUGUGGACGCAAAGGCAAUCUGCACUUUAUACGCUUUCCCACUCAUGACAUGCCUGCUUUUAUUCAAAUGGGCAGAGAUAAAAACUUCUCAAGUCUCCACACUGUCUUUUGUGCCACUGGAGGUGGAGCGUACAAAUUUGAGCAGGAUUUUCUCACAAUAGGUGAUCUUCAGCUUUGCAAACUUGAUGAACUAGAUUGCUUAAUAAAUGGAAUUUUAUACAUUGAUUCAGUUGGAUUCAAUGGACGGUCACAGUGCUAUUACUUUGAAAACCCUGCUGAUCCUGAAAGUCAGAAGUUGCCAUUUGAUUUGAAAAAUCCAUACCCUCUGCUUCUGGUGAACAUUGGCUCUGGGGUUAGCAUCUUAGCAGUAUAUUCCAAAAAUAAUUACAAGCGCGUCACAGGUACCAGUCUUGGAGGAGGAACUUUUUUUGGUCUCUGCUGUCUGCUUACUGGAUGUACUACUUUUGAAGAGGCUCUUGACAUGGCGUCUCGUGGAGAUAGCACCAAAGUGGACAAACUAGUCCGGGACAUUUAUGGAGGGGACUAUGAGAGGUUUGGACUGCCAGGCUGGACUGUGGCUUCGAGCUUUGGAAACAUGAUGAGCAAGGAGAAGCGAGAGGCUGCCAGUAAAGAGGACCUCGCCAGAGCAACUUUGAUCACCAUCACCAACAACAUUGGCUCGAUAGCAAGAAUGUGUGCCCUUAAUGAAAAUAUUAACCAGGUGGUAUUUGUUGGAAAUUUCUUGAGAAUUAAUACAAUCGCCAUGCGGCUUUUGGCAUAUGCUUUGGAUUAUUGGUCCAAGGGACAGUUGAAAGCACUUUUUUCGGAACACGAGGGUUAUUUUGGAGCCGUUGGAGCACUUCUUGAGCUGUUGAAGAUCCCCUGA